AUGUGUUUGACAAUAAAAGGUACUGGUAAUUCCUCCAAUAUCCAAUUCCUCGAGAAGAGCCUCCGGAAGCUCGAUUUCAGCACCACCGGAAUCUGCACCAUCGUUCAGAUCAACAAUCUGAAGAAUUCCCCGUGUCUCUCAAGGGCGAGCUCCGGCAAGCUACCAAUCAAGCCAUUAGCAUCCUCCAGGAAAACUACCCUGGAUUCGUCGCCAGACAGGUGUUCAUCAAUGUGCCCUGGUGUACCUAGCAUUCAACAAGAUGAUCAGUCCAUUCCUGACCCCGAGGACCAAGAGCAAGUUUGUUUUUGCAGGGCCUUCCAAAUCUGCUGA